AUGCCGGCUACCGUGCACAUCUUCGGCCAGCUUUGGAAGGAGUAUUCCUUGUCUGACUCUCGCUACCUGACGCAGGACUCCUUCAUCGUCUGCAUGGAGACCAUCACGGCCUUCUGCUGGGGCCCGCUGUCCUUCGCCUGCGCCUAUUGCAUCGUCACCGGCCAUGCCCUCCGCCACCCGCUGCAGCUCAUCAUCAGCCUCGGCCAGCUCUACGGCGACGUGUUGUACUUUGCGACGUGCUCUUUUGACAAGCUUGUAGCCAAAAUGAUGUACUGCCGGCCCGAGGACUUUUACUUUUGGUGCUACUACGUCUUUUUCAACGCCUUCUGGAUCGUCAUCCCAUUCUACCUAAUUGCCAAAAGCUGCGUUGAGAUAAAGCGAGCUUUUGAGAAGGUUGCAGAGUUGGACAAGACAUCACCCUCAAAGAAGAAUAUCUGA